GCGGGGGUAGGCAUGAAGGGACGCAUGGUGAUGGGGGGAGCAGCAUUCCGCAGCAGGACUUCUCCAGACGUAGCAUGCACGUGCGCACACGUGCAGAGGUGGCGUCCCUCUCUUCUAACUGCUCAGCAAAGGGAGACUGCCAGUGUCUGCACUCAUUGGUCCUUCAGGCAGUAACAGGCACAUGCAAAGAAGUGGAGUUUCCUCGCCAGUCACUCUGCAUUGAGUCCGCCUGCAUCUACAAGCGGUAGUCUUACGUGCAGUAACACACAUGCGCACAGAAACGGGGAAGUAGCCUUUUUUUUUUUUUCCUCUAACCGCUCUGCUCCAUGAAUCUGCAUACGCCAAUGGUCUCUGUUCUUCUAGGCGGGUCUUCCACUUGCGCAUGCGUACAACUGUCUCUGGUAUCCGAAAGCGCGCAUGCGUGCUACCUGUCGCGUGAAUGGUGCAUGCGUAGUACUGUAACGAGCUUGGAGCAUGCGUACUCCUGUGCAAGGUCUAGCGCAUGCGCGUGGCUGUCUCAAGACGGGCGCAUGCGCAGUGCCGUGCUUGGAUGAGCGCAUGCGUAGUGCUGUGGGGGGGGACUGGCGCAUGCGUGUUGCUAUCUCGAAAUUGGCGCAUGCAGCGCUGUGCAGAGACUGGCGCAUGCGUAAUACUGUCUCCAGCAUAGCGCAUGCGCAGUGCGGCAGCAAGCGUGGCACAUGCCUAGUAAUUUUUCCAGGAUCACGCGAGGAGCGCUCCCGCAGCGAGCACAACCUCAUCAACAUCCAGAAAACGCACGAGAGGAUGCAGACCGAGAACAAGAUCUCUCCGUACUACCGCACGAAGCUGCGCGGGCUAUACACCACUGCCAAGGCGGACGCUGAGGCCGAGUGCAACCACUCCGAUGCACUCUGCAGCAUCCUGCGGAAGGCGCUGGACAAGAUUGCUGAGAUCAAGUCUCUGCUGGAGGAGCGCCGCAUCGCCGCCAAGAUUGCAGGGAUCUACAGCGACGCGGAGCCGCCACGCAAGACGAUGCGCCGGGGCGUGCUGAUGACACUGCUGCAGCAGUCAGCCAUGACACUGCCGCUCUGGAUUGGCAAGCCAGGCGAUAAGCCCCCCCCUCUGUGCGGCGCCAUGCCAGCAGCCGGGGACUAUGUGGCCAAGCCUGGGGACAAAGUGGCUGCACGUGUCAAGGCCGUGGACGGCGACGAGCAGUGGAUCCUGGCUGAGGUGGUCAGCUACAGCCACGCUGCCAACAAGUAUGAGGUGGAUGACAUCGAUGAAGAGGGCAAAGAGAGGCACACACUCAGCCGGCGCCGCGUGAUCCCUCUGCCGCAGUGGAAGGCGAACCCUGAGACUGACCCUGAAGCGCUGUUCCAGCGCGAGCAGCUGGUGCUGGCGCUGUACCCACAGACCACCUGCUUCUACCGCGCCCUCAUCCACGCGCCGCCGCAGCGGCCGCAGGACGACUACUCGGUGCUGUUCGAGGACACGUCGUACGCCGACGGUUACUCACCACCGCUGAACGUGGCACAGCGCUAUGUCGUCGCCUGCAAGGAGACCAAGAAGAAGUGACCCUUGCAGUUUGGGGUACUUUGGGGAUUUGGGACUGUUUUGGGGAUUUUUGGUGGUCUGGGGUGUCUGUGAGCUUUAUGCCAAGUUCCGAUGCUGUGGGUCGUGCUGUUUUUUGGGGUGAAUUUGGGGCAUUUUGGCUAUUUGCUGUCAUGGGUGAGGGGCUGUAGGGACCCCAUAGUGGCACUGUGAGGGCUCUAAAAUCACAACAUUCCACCCCAAAGCGCACCCCAUAGUGCCCUAAAGGACCCCAAACGCACCCCAUUGCAUCCCACAGCAACCCCCAGGGAUCCCAAACUCACCGCAUAGGGCCCCAAAGUGUCCCCAUGACCCCAAACUCACCCUAAUGGGCCCCACAGUGAACGAUAGAGAUCCCAGGGACCCCAGGCCCACCCCAUAGGGCCUCAGAGUGACCCACAGGUCCCCAAAGUGUCCAUCAGGGACCCCAGACCCACCACUAAGGACCACAGAGUGACCCACAGGACCCCAGACCCACUCCACAUGACUCCAGAGCAUCCCUCAAGGACGCCACACUGCCCUGCAGGACUUAGAAAUGCGCACUGGAAGACUGCAAAAUCCCUCUAAUUGACCCCAAAACACCAUGUGGGGACCAUGAAGAGCUCAAAGUGAUUGACCCUAAGGGCCCCAAAGUGCCCUUAACAACCUCAAAUCCUCCUGAACGACCCCCAGCUGCCCCCAGGACCCCGUUUCCUUAAGGAUGCAAAAGAAUGGUGCUGGGAGCGGUUCCAGUCAUUGCUUUAUUGGGAAUAAAUUAUGUUAAAAAGCA